GCUGAGCAGACGGGAAGCGGUGCUGUCAUCGUGGUAUGGUCGUUCCUGACGUCUUAUGAUGAUCAGAGAUUAAAUUUGUCUUGAGGAUGAAAACCUGUGUUGCUGUUCUCGGCUUCUCAGAGUUUGUUGCUGCCUGUUGAUGAUCGAGCUCUCGGGGCACAGCGGCUACAAUAAGCAAAGAGCAAGGUCAAUGCCGCCAAUUUGCCUUACAUCAGCACACACACAAUGACGGACUCGCCAUCGUUGGCAUCCGCCUCGGAGCCAAGUGAGGGAAUGGCUUGUCCCAAUAAUAAUAGCAAGCAGGACCACCACGAGCUCGAUACUAACAGUAACAAUCACGCCGUCCAGUGGGAACGUCAAGGAGAGUGGCUGGUCAAGCUACGGGCCCACAAGACCAAACUUGUGCAAGAACAAGGAUUGCAAGGAUUGGAACUUUGGGAGGCCAUGGCCACUCUCAGCCUCAAUCACAAGAUUGCCUCGUUUAAAACGCGCAACAAUCGAUGUGCUCACUGUUGGCACGACGAACGCUAUUGUAUGUGUGCUCGGUUGUCCAAACCUGAUUAUUUGCAACAACACCAGUGCAAGAUCAAGUUGUGUCUCUUGAUGCAUCACAAAGAGUACUUUUGUGCUGGAAACAGCGCCAAGAUUCUCUUGCACUUGUUCCCGGAGAUGACCGAACUCUACCUCUACGGAAAAACGGGAGAAUUCGAUCGUCUUGUGGAAGAAAUCACCCAGUGGAGUACAAGGACCAUGAUAUUGUGGCCAGGUGCCGAUGCUCUUUCCGUUCCAGAGUUUCUGGCAAGACAAGAUAUUGGUGGGCAAUCCAAAAGUCAUCAGGAGGACACCACAGCAACGAUUCGAGUUGUGGUUUUGGAUGCUACCUAUAGUCAAGCUCGCAACAUGUACAAAGCUCUAAGCAAACGCUUGGAAAACACAAAAAGAGAGGGGCGAGAGACUAUCAUUCCAACCGUAGCUGUGAAUCCACUCACGUCCUCGGUCUUUCAUCGGGCCCAGAAAAACUAUGGCCAAGCCCACAAACAGCGACAAAAGUCCGACAGCAACAACGAACAACAAAACGACGACAGCACCAAUAAGAAACAGUUUGCAACUCGCAUUAGUACCGCCGAAGCAUGCGGUUGGCUCUUGUUCGAGCUGGGAUUUCCCCAGUCCGUUCCAGAUGCAAUCAUUCGUGCUGUGAAACUCAAUAAUGAUGCUCUGGCGUAUGCCAGAAAAAGGCAACAACACUAUGGCGCCGACGACGACGUUGAUCCAAAACAGGAUGGCUGAUACAGUGACAACAACAUGACGUGCGGAUCAAUCAAUGAGCAAAGUUUCCAAGAAGCUAGUUUAGACCGUUGGCUGGGAUUGCGGUAGUCCGAAAGUGAGUAUGAUCGGCUCUAAUGGGCAAAUGCAGGAAUGAGUCCGGUACUGGCAAAGGCCGCGGCGCCAAGGGCUUUGCAAGCCUUCGCAACACAGUCUGCACCAACGACUUCAAGGUCCGGUUCCCACUGAAAACCCACCCUCUCAAGUCUGUGAAUGCGUCUCUGGUUGAUGAUCAUGGAGAACAAUCCAGCCUGAUGCUUCCAGUACUCUUUACGUUGGGUUGCCACCCAUCCUCCCUGCUCAGCCAAACAACCAGAAAGACCGUGAGUAGUUAAAGCCAUUCAGUAAGGAUCAAACACUACCGGUACGGUAUGAGGAAACGCCGUACUCACCAACUUGACACCGUUGACCACGUAGUUCGCGGGUGGGUUGCAAUUGCCGUGUUCUUUCUUGUACUGACGCAGAAGAGCGAACUUUUGUUCCCAGGUGAACUUGCUUUUCUUCUCAUCCUUCCUCGUUUGUUUAGGGCUGUGCAAGGCAGUAUUCUCCUGCUGCAUCAAAUGUGUUGCCUGAACCGAGGGGGUCCAAAAGUCGCCAUUUGGUGUCUCCAACAGCAACAAAUCACUAGGGAAGCUGUCUCGCUGCGUGAGCGAUGCAAGUACCUUCACAUGCGAUCCUGCACCGGAAAUGCGUCGACGGAUGCUCCCUUUCGACAUUGGCGAAACUCCAGGCGCCAAACCAGACCUCCACGCAUGAAUAGAGCAAGACUGGCUGAUGAGAACAACAGCAACGAGAGCAGCGCGAGAUACGAAGAACGCCAUGGUCCUCCCUCUGCUGUUACAUGUACCAGCAGUGGAUCAAUGUUUUUGGCAUAUCCAAAUCUGAUGACUGAAAAGAUUUGCCCGAUUUCGGGUUUUCGUGGGAAGGUGUCACUGGCUCUUUGACAAUCCCAGAAGCAAGAACAUGCCCUCAACUCCCGCAUCUAGCUAGCUAGCUAGAUGACUCGACUCAUUUGUUUUUUUUGUUUUUUAAAAUGGC